UUUGUUUUAAAAUUUGUAUACAGCUAUUUAUUAUUGAAUUUAAAAAUAAAAACAGAAAUGAAACAUAAAUAUACGACGUGGUCGGUUCGCCAUCCACGCAAGUACGCAACCCAAAAAAAAAAAAAGAGCAGUCCCCCUUCUUCUCUCAUAUGAUAGUCUGAUCUUCUCUGAUCUAGUCACCUCUCUAUCUACUUGUAUUCAUCUUUGAUUAGUGAAGUGACGCUAAUUGCGGAAAUUCGACAACGAGCUGUCUUCGAUAACAAACAUUUUUUUUUUUUCUAGAUCCAUCUCCAUCUCAUUUCUCGUUACGAUUUUGUGCUCAUCACCGUAAAAGUAGAAGUUUGAUGUAAAGGAAGAGGCAGUUUAAAACUGAAGUCUUAUUCUCGUCAAAAGUAGAAUAACCAUGGAAGCAACUGGAGAACCUCCAUCAGAUAAUGCCAGCUCAAAUUCAAUAGAUGAUUCAACUUGCGCGAGUGAGCUAGCCACUGCACUAAGUAGGGAAGCAGAAGCAGCCACAAAUGGAGAAGCAGACCUAGAAAGCUUACAACAACCCUUAUUAAGGAGAAACAGAACACUCUCUGCUAGCCACUUAGCUAUGGUGGGAGCAAAGGUUUCCCAUAUUGAGAGCCUUGAUUACGAAAUCAAUGAAAAUGACUUGUUCAAGCAGGAUUGGAGAAGCCGGUCAAAAGUUCAAGUAUUACAAUAUGUAUUUUUGAAAUGGAAACUUGCAUUUCUGGUGGGACUGCUAACCGGUCUUAUUGCUACAGUCAUUAAUCUUGCUGUUGAGAAUAUUGCUGGAUACAAAUUGCUUCUUGUAUCUGGAUAUGUUCAGGAAAAGAGGUACAUUACGGGGUUGUUUGCCUUGACAGGGGCUAACUUCUUAUUGACACUAAUUGCAACAGUGUUAGUUGUUUUCUUUGCCCCUACUGCUGCUGGGCCUGGUAUACCUGAAAUCAAAGCUUACCUGAAUGGUAUUGAUACUCCCAACAUGUACGGAGCAGCAACCUUGUUUGUCAAGAUUAUUGGGAGCAUUGGUGCAGUCUCUGCUGGGUUAGACCUCGGUAAAGAAGGGCCUUUAGUGCACAUUGGAGCAUGCAUUGCAUCCUUACUUGGCCAGGGUGGAACUGAUAAGCAUCGUGUCAAAUGGAGGUGGUAUCGUAUCAUGAACAAUGACAGGGAUCGGAGAGACCUGAUCACCUGUGGUGCUUCUUCAGGAGUUUGUGCAGCUUUUAGGUCCCCAGUGGGAGGGGUUCUGUUCGCUCUGGAAGAAGUGGCCACAUGGUGGAGAAGUGCUAUCCUUUGGAGAACUUUCUUUAGCACAGCAGUUGUGGUUGUAGUGCUCAGGACUUUCAUUGAAUUCUGCAGUUCCGGACAAUGUGGGCUGUUUGGCAAUGGUGGACUCAUCAUGUUUGAUGUGAGCAAUGUUACUGUGCGCUACCACAUGAUGGAUAUCAUCCCUAUCGCCCUCAUAGGACUCAUUGGCGGUGUUCUUGGAAGUCUUUACAACUAUGCCCUGCACAAAGUUCUCAGACUUUACAGUCUCAUUAAUGAGAGGGGAAAGCUGGCAAAGAUUCUUCUAAGUCUUACAGUCUCAGUUUUUACCUCUGUGUGCAUGUAUGGACUGCCCUUUCUUGUGGGUUGCACAAAAUGCGAUACAUCUAUAUCAAAUUUUCAGUGUUCUACUACUGGAAGAACAGGGAACUUCAAGAGAUUCAACUGCCCAGAAGGCUAUUACAAUGACCUUGCCAGCUUACUCUUUUCCACCAAUGAUGAUGCUGUUCGAAACAUCUUCUCUACAAAUACUCCAGGAGAAUUUCACCCAUCCUCGCUCAUAAUUUACUUUGUACUAUACUGUAUCCUGGGACUCUUUACCUUUGGCAUUGCUGUUCCUUCUGGACUCUUCUUACCUAUCAUUCUCAUCGGUUCAGCAUAUGGGCGUUUACUUGGCAUUGCUAUGGGAAGUUACACAAAGAUUGAUUGUGGGUUAUAUGCAGUAUUAGGUGCAGCAUCUCUCAUGGCCGGCUCAAUGAGGAUGACAGUAUCGCUUUGUGUAAUUUUCCUUGAACUCACCAACAACCUAUUGUUACUCCCAGUAACAAUGCUUGUACUUCUCAUUGCAAAGUCAGUGGGAGAUUGCUUUAAUCUGAGUAUCUAUGAGAUUAUACUAGAGUUGAAAGGCUUACCUUUCUUAGAUGCAAACCCUGAACCAUGGAUGAGGAAUAUCACUGUUGCAGAGCUUGCUGAUGUGAAGCCUCCUUUAAUUAGUCUUCGAGGAAUUGAGAAGGUAUCUCGCAUUGUAGAAGUCCUGAGAAACACUACACACAAUGGUUUCCCUGUCAUAGAUGAUGAUGUAACAGUCCCAUCAAGUGAAGCCGGAGGGACAAAGGCAAGGGAGCUACAUGGGCUAAUUUUAAGAGCUCACCUUGUAGCCGUGCUAAAGAAAAAGUGGUUUUUGGAGCAACCAAGAAGAACAGAGGAAUGGGAAGUGAGACAGAGAUUUACAUGGGUUGAGUUAGCUGAAAGAGACCUCAACUUUGAACAAGUAGCCAUAUCAAAGAAUGAAAUGGAGAUGUAUGUUGAUCUCAAUCCUUUCACUAACAAAACUCCUUAUACCGUGGUAGAGGACAUGUCGGUAGCAAAGGCAAUGGUAUUAUUCAGGCAGGUUGCUCUUCGCCAUUUGCUCAUUGUACCAAAGUACCAAGGAGCUGGGAUAUAUCCUGUGAUUGGAAUCUUAACAAGGCAAGAUCUGAGGGCGCAUAAUAUUCAGACUGUGUUUCCUCAUGUAGCGAAGAGCAAAGGCAGAGAAAAGCAGAAAUGAGCUCUUUCAAUUACUCGGAUGGGUUGGGAUCGAUACAUAUCCAUUGCAUUCUAUACACAGUUUCCAUCUUGCAUUCUUUUGCUAAUAAUUUUGUUCAUAAUAUUUUGCACUCUUUAUUUUAUACGAUGCGUACAAGUUUGUACAUUUUAAGGAAAGGUUUGUGUAGGCUCGUCAAAACAUUACAUCUUCACUAGUUUAUAAAAGAAAAUUAUUUACCAGUAUGAAAGCAGCAGCAGCAA